AUGAAGUAUUAUGAAAGUGCAAGGAUUUGCAAUUUGCAUUUUCAAGAAUCAGAUUAUGAUUCAUCAACAAGGCGCUUAAAACCAACAGCAGUUCCUACUGUUAUAAUAAAUCAAGAAACAGUAUCACCAUGCAAGACAACAAGUGCAUUACAUGAAGAGUCUAUUGUGCAAAUAGCUGCUCUGGCUGUACCAAGCACUAGUUCUGACAUUUAUGAAAGUAGUUCUGCACUUAAGGAAACAGGAGUGAAACGUACUGCCUGUAAUAUUGAAGACCAGUCAAUUCCCAAAAAUUGUAUAAAAAUAUAUUAUCUAUAUAGGCUAGAUCUUAGUAGUAAACAGUGA